UUUGAUCCCUUUUGUCACAUUUUGGGUCUCACAUGGAGGCUCUGCGGAUCAGUCGUAUUGUCAUCUGCAAAUUGCCUUUAAACUUGUCGGAGAAACCACUAAAUUCGGGUGUGGUUGGGCAACAAUGUUUUGCUCCCUGGAGGAGUCGGAGAGUUGGUGCUUCUCUGUUGCUUAGAAGAUCGAUCGCAGAUAAAAAUAAGGGUGAGUAUGGUAGUUUACGAGAAAAGCUCCCUCUUGAAGAAGUAUCGAAUGUGGAGGUCACUAGGAGGAAGGACGGGGAUGGUUCUCUAAUUGGACUUCAGCUAUUUCCUGAGUAUGGUGAAAAGGAAGUUGUUGACUCCGAUUUCGAUAUAGUUAGAGGUAAAGCAGAAGAAACCAAGAGUAUCGAUGACGAGGAGAAACCUCCAACCGGAGUUACCCAUAACAUUGUUUUUGUCACUUCUGAAGCGGCGCCGUAUUCGAAGACGGGAGGCUUAGGAGAUGUUUGUGGUUCUCUACCUGUUGCGCUUGCUGCCCGUGGGCAAUCUGUCAUGGUAGUUUCACCAAGAUAUCUGCGGGGUGAUCCCAAGGAUAAGGUUUUUGGAGGUGCAUUUGAUGUUGAUUGCCGCAUUAAGAUCCCAUGUUUUGAUGGAUUGCAUGAAGUUGCAUUCUUCCACGAGUACAGAGCAGGCGUUGAUUGGGUAUUUGUAGACCAUCCUUCUUAUCACAGACCUGGAAAUCCAUAUGGUGAUAGUCAUGGUGCUUUUGGUGAUAAUCAGUUUCGGUUCACAUUGCUUUGCCAUGCAGCAUGUGAAGCUCCUUUAGUAAUUCCAUUGAGAGGGUCCACCUAUGGUGAGAAGUGUUUGUUCCUUGCUAAUGAUUGGCAUGCAAGCCUUGUUCCAGUCCUUUUGGCAGCCAAGUAUCGCCCACAUGGAGUUUACAAGGAUGCCCGCAGUAUACUUGUCUUACAUAACCUAGCACAUCAGGGGGUGGAGCCUGCAGCAACUUACAAGAAUUUCGGGUUGCCAACUGAAUGGUACGGAGCACUGGAGUGGGUAUUUCCCACAUGGGCAAGGACACAUGCUCUUGACACAGGGGAAGCGGUGAAUGUUUUGAAGGGGGCAGUUGUUACAGCUGAUCGAAUACUGACAGUUAGCCAGGGUUACUCUUGGGAAAUUACUACUGCUGAAGGUGGACAUGGUCUAAAUGAACUCCUAAGCAGUCGAAAGAGCAUCUUGAAUGGAAUUGUUAAUGGUAUUGAUGUUGCUGAGUGGAACCCAGCUUCAGAUGAACAUAUUCCUUUCCAUUACUCUAUUGAUGACCUCUCUGGAAAGGUUCAAUGUAAGACUGCUUUGCAGGAGGAGUUAGGCCUUGCUGUACGACCUGAUUGUCCAGUGAUUGGGUUCAUUGGGAGACUGGACUUCCAAAAAGGCAUUGACCUUAUUCUCUCAGCAAUUCCAGAGCUUAUGCAAGAUGACAUCCAAUUUAUUAUGCUUGGGUCAGGGGACCUACUGUUUGAGAAUUGGAUGAGAGCACUGGAAUCUUCUUAUAAAGACAAGUUCCGGGGCUGGGUUGGAUUUAGUAUCCCCGUAUCGCAUAGAAUAACUGCAGGCUGCGACAUAUUAUUGAUGCCAUCCAGAUUUGAGCCGUGUGGACUGAAUCAGCUAUAUGCUAUGAGAUAUGGAACUGUUCCUGUCGUGCAUUGCACUGGAGGGCUUAAAGAUACGGUGGAGAAUUUUAACCCAUAUGCUGAAGAAGGCAGUGGUCAGGGUACCGGGUGGGCCUUUUCUCCAUUGUCAAAGGAGAGUAUGUUGGCGGCCCUGAAGCUUGCCGUUGGGACAUACAGAGAACACAAGUCUCCUUGGGAGGGAUUGAUGAAGAGAGGCAUGAAGAAGGACUACACCUGGGACAAAGCCGCCACUCAGUAUGAGCAAGUCAUUGAAUGGGCCUUCAGUGAUCCACCGUAUGUUCAAUGAGAGGUUAGAAAAGUCUAGGAUAUUUUUCAUUGCCUGCCUCAGUUUUGUAUGAUUUUGUUAAUAGUAAUUUUUGUUGGACAGUCAACACUCAAUUUAUCUUCAUCUGCUGCUGAGUUAAUAAUUUCACAUUGUUAUUAAUUUUUGUUCUUCUGGAAAGAAUGGUAUUAAUUUAUUUCCAUGGCAAUUGAUUG